UUGACAUCCUCGUUCAGAACGUUGGGAACAGACUACACUUAUCUCUAAAACAAAGGAAACUUGAUUUUUAAUAUUGCGAAAGCAUGAAGUAUUUUUGGUACACAAUGAGCAUUCAACUGAUUGUCCAGUUUGGUCAAGGCAAUGAAUUGGAUUGUAUGAAGCCUUUCAUUUCAUUACGUUGCACACUGGACUGUUUUAAUAAAACAAGUUUUGAGAGACUAAGUACCCUAUCGCUCACUCGAACUCAGCAUGGAAACUAUACAAGAACCAUUGCAAUCAUAAAGAGUAUUAAGCAUGCAAUCAAAACAAGAGCUAUUGAUUUUAUGAAAGAAAUAACUUUUGAGACGAACAAAAAUGAAUCUAGUGGGAUAUACAUUAAAACUAGAAACAUCACCGACGUCACACAGUUUGGAUGUGUUCUAGAAAUACGAGAACGUUUGAAUAAUGUAGAAAUAUUCAAGACAAGUCCAUUAAUUGAAAAACUGGAAUCGCAAUGUAACACUACCUUCUAUCAAGUAGCAGAAAAAAAUUCAAGUAUUUACAUUGUAGCUGGUGCAGUGACUUCUGUAGUUCUUAUUGGAAUUAUUAUAACUGUGAUUUCUGUAAUUUACUACAAGAGAACCAGAAAUGGGUCUUGCAACCACUGUUACCACAGCAAUGAGACUCAUAUUGAGCCUAUAUAUGCAUCCAUCCCAGCUAGAGUUGGAAGGGGAAGUUCAGGCGAAAAAGAAACUAUAACAAUGGUGGACUUAGCUGCUCCCCCUGUGCCUCCCAAGCAAUUUGCAGAUGAAGAAAUUAAAGAGAAAAAGCCUGAAUAUGAGGAGACAAUUAUUAAAAUGGCCAACCAUCCUAUACCUACAAGAAGGAAAUCAAUCCCACCUCCAAAGCCGAAAAGAACUUUCACCUACAAGUUAGGUGAGGAUUGAAAGUAACGGUUUUUAUUUGGUGGUGAUACCAACGCAAUCAUACUGCAAUUCGUCAUUUCGGCUUACCCAUUCAGUGAUCUCAUUAACAUCAUCAGAUUCUAUUUUUUAUCAGGAAGUCAUGUUCAGCCUUGUCUUUCAAUAAAAGUGGUUUUUCUUUUACAGAACAUUAUGAUUCCUUCAGUAUUAUUUUUUCAUCUUCAAGAUCGCCUGUUGCUAAUUGAUUUACCUUGUUAUUUUCAUUUCGUCAAAUUGUGACUUGUUCUUUGAUAAACUCAUGAGCUCUGUAAAUAAUUCAUUCUCUUACUUUCCUUCUGCAGACUUGUUCUUUGAUAAACUCAUGAGCUCUGUAAGUAAUUCUCAUACUUUCCUUCUGCAGACUUGUUCUUUGAUAAACUCAUGAGCUCUGUAAAUAAUUCAUUCUCAUACUUUCCUUCUGCAGACUUGUUCUUUGAUAAACUCAUGAGCUCUGUAAAUAAUUCAUUCCCAUACUUUCCUUCUGCAGACUUGUUCUUUGAUAAACUCAUGAGCUCAGUAAGUAAUUCUCUUACUUUCCUUCUGCAGACUUCUUCUUUGAUAAACUCAUGAGCUCUGUAAGUAUAUCUCAUACUUUUCGUCUGCAGACUUGUUCUUUGAUAAACUCAUGAGCUCUGUAAGUAAUUCAUUCUCUUACUUUCCUUCUGCAGACUUCUUCUAUAACUGCAGCUGUUUCUGCUUUCCUCACAUUUCAUACUGCUUGCAGAUAUCAAUUCACAAGGUUUUAGUUAUCUAGCAGAAGAAUUCCUUCUCUGGUUUUCUCUGUAACACCAAUAUCUGCGCUGUCCCUGAUUAGGCUGUCUUCCAGAUGUUUUAACCUGAAGCUUUUUAUCAUUUUUAUUUAUUGCUGUUACAUUUGUGUUGAUCUUAUCUUUUUAAAUGCAGACUUUACUUCUAAAAAAGAGGAUGAUUACGUCCUACUUGUUAUGUAUCUAGUCAUGCAUGUUAACCAAUGACUUAACUUCUGCCAAGUCAUUGGUUUUCCUGGCUGGCUCAGGCAACCCAUUCCAUGCUCUAAUAGCACUAGAUAAGAUAGAGCAUUUUAUUUGUACAAAUUUGUUCUAGCGUACGGAAGGAGGAUUGUGCCUUUAUCUUGGUGUCUAUCUAAGUAUUUUAUUAGAUCUUCAUUUCACUUUGGUUUCUUGUAUUUCACAUAUUUCUUUCAUAGAUCAAAAGCCUCUUUUGUUUUUCCAUAACAUAGUUGUUGAAUUCCUUUUAUGUUAUUUUGUCUAUUUGCCUUUUUCUUCUUUUUUUUUAACUUGAAUUUCUUAUUAAUAUCAUUAGCCUGACUCUUGACUACCUUUGACCUCAUCAUACAAAUGUGUAGAAAGAGCUUGGUUUACUCGGUUUCUUUUGAACCCUAGUCAAUUUAUUACCUUGCGGCCUUCCAUUAUCAAGUGCCUUUGACCAGACUAACAAGCUUACAGUACUUUUGUGUUUGUUGUAAGCUUCCGUUUUUGUUUAAUUAAUGGAACUAAUUUUUUUUAAUGAAGUAAACAAGUACUUAUUCAUUCACCCGCUUGGCCUAGGUGUAUCUAGUAUGUAAGGCUCUUCAUAAGAUUGAAUUAAUCUAAAAUAGAGAUAUCACAUAAUUUGAUUACAAGGAAAAAAGGGAUUUGCACCCUUCGCCUUCACCUAUCCCUUAGUUUGUUGUACUAUUGGGGCACCACACAAUAUCUAUUGACCGUCCUUCUCCAUUCCUCUUUGUCUUUUGCUUUGGAUAGAAUCUCUUUCAUUGGCAGACCCAUUUUUUAUGUUGACGUCAAAUCGCUUUCUCUUUCCUGGUACUGUUCCCGGAAUCUUUGCAAGCCCUGUGGACAUUUUAAUAGAGCCAUAGAGUUUUAGUUUGCGUUAUAUGAAAGUGGCGAGUCAUCGUGGGGUCCAAUAGGUGUGCCGAUCCUGUUUUCAGUCUAAUCGUUAGUGAUACCGUAUUUGUAUAUUUAAGGAUUAAAAUUGUAGUUGCUAUGUUAUGGACAUGGUCAGGAACACAAAUAGACACACACCAAAGCCUUAACACUUUUGACGAGAAAUGAUUUUGUAUAUUUGCAUACACAUUUUUUUAUUUUUUUUUAACUCGCAAUACAAAUAUGAAAUUUGUUAUCACUGAGAAAUAAUUGUGUAUGCAAUUUUUUUUAUCCAAUAGUGCCGUAUAUUGUUAAUGUUAAUAGGGCCUACUCCAUUUUUUUCCUCAGGGCCCAAACUGCCCCAAACUACAUAAUCUCCCUUUUUUUGACCUUUCAGUUCUUGCUUUUCUUUCGCCUUUUUUUUUUUUUUUUUUUGCUGUUUUGUUUAGUAAUUAAUUAUUAAAGCCUUUAGCACUCAUUGAUUGCAAAAGGAGGCAGGGGCGGGGAUAACAAAUUAAGGAUUAGUGUAAGAGUCGGAAGUCUUUGUUACUAGGUUGCUGUUAUUAUUUCUUUUUUUUUUUGUUAAAAAUAAAGGGUUGGAUUCUACAGAUAAGUAGCUGGGUUUCCUUUUUUGUGUGAAGGUAUUUAAGGUUGGGGACAUUUCGCUCUUAGAAAUAAAGCAAUUGAAUGGUCAAUGUAGGUUAAGGGAGAUCGAACCUUCUUUAUUUCUAGCUUUCUCAACAUUUCGCUCUUAGAAAUAAAGCAAUUGAAAGGUCAAUUAGGUAAAGGGAGAUCAAACAUUCUUUGUUUCUAGCUUUCUCAACAUUUCGUUCUUAGAAAUAAAGCAAUUAAAAGGUCAAUAUAGGUUAAGGGAGAUCACACCUUCUUUGUUUCUUGCUUUCUCAACAUUUCGUUCUUAGAAAUAAAGAUAUUGAAAGGUCAAUAUAUGCUAAGGGCGAUCAAACCUUCUUUGUUUCUAGGUUUCUCAACAUUUCGCUCUAAGAAAUAAAGCAAUGGAGAGGUCAAUAUAGGUUAAGGGAGAUCACACCUUCUUUGUUUCUUGUUUCUCAAAAUUUCGCCAUAAGAAAUAAAGAAAUUGAAAGGUCAAAAUAGGUUAAGGGAGAUGACACUUUCUUUGUUUUUAGGUUUCUCAACAUUUCGCUCUAAGAAAUAAAGAUAUUGAAAGGUCAAUAUAGGUUAAGGGAGAUCAAACCUUUUUUUGUUUCUAGCUUUCUCAACAUUUCGUUCUUAGAAAUAAAGCAAUUAAAAGGUCAAUAUAGGUUAAGGGAGAUCACACCUUCUUUGUUUCUAGCUUUCUCAACAUUUCGUUCUUAGAAAUAAAGUAAUUGAAAGGUCAAUAUUGGUUAAGGGAGAUCACACCUUCUUUGUUUCUUGCUUUCUCAACAUUUCGCUCUAAGAAAUAAAGCAAUGGAGAGGUCAAUAUAGGUUAAGGGAGAUCAUACCUUCUUUGUUUCUAGCUUUCUCAACAUUUCGCUCUUAGAAAUAAAGCAAUUGAAAGGUCAAUUAGGUAAAGGGAGAUCACACCUUCUUUGUUUCUUGCUUUCUCAACAUUUCGUUCUUAGAAAUAAAGCAAUUAAAAGGUCAAUAUAGGUUAAGGGAGAUCAAACCUUCUAUGUUUCUUGUUUCUCAAAAUUUCGCCAUAAGAAAUAAAGAAAUUGAAAGGUCAAAAUAGGUUAAGGGAGAUGACACAUUCUUUGUUUUUAGGUUUCUCAACAUUUCGCUCUUAGAAAUAAAGCAAUUGAAAGGUCAAUUAGGUAAAGGGAGAUCAAACCUUCUUUGUUUCUAGCUUUCUCAACAUUUCGUUCCUAGAAAUAUAGCAAUUAAAAGGUCAAUAUAGGUUAAGGGAGAUCACACCUUCUUUGUUUCUUGCUUUCUCAACAUUUCGCUCUUAGAAAUAAAGAUAUUGAAAGGUCAAUAUAUGCCAUGGGCGAGCAAACCUUCUUUGUUUCUAGGUUUCUCAACAUUUCGCUCUAAGAAAUAAAGCAAUGGAGAGGUCAAUAUAGGUUAAGGGAGAUCACACCUUCUUUGUUUCUUGUUUCUCAAAAUUUCGCCAUAAGAAAUAAAGAAAUUGAAAGGUCAAAAUAGGUUAAGGGAGAUGACACAUUCUUUGUUUUUAGGUUUCUCAACAUUUCGCUCUAAGAAAUAAAGAUAUUGAAAGGUCAAUAUAGGUUUAAGGGAGAUCAAAUCUUCUUUGUUUCUAGCUUUCUCAAGAUUUCGUUCUUAGAAAUAAAGCAAUUAAAAGGUCAAUAAAAGUUAAGGGAGAUCACACCUUCUUUGUUUCUAGCUUUCUCAACAUUUCGUUCUUAGAAAUAAAGAUAUUGAAAGGUCAAUAUAUGCUAAGGGCGAUCAAACCUUCUUUGUUUCUAGGUUUCUCAACAUUUCGCUCUAAGAAAUAAAGCAAUGGAGAGGUAAUAUAGGUUAAGGGAGAUCACACCUUCUUUGUUUCUUGUUUCUCAAAAUUUUGCCAUAAGAAAUAAAGAAAUUGAAAUGUCAAGAUAGGUUAAGGGAGAUGACACUUUCUUUGUUUUUAGGUUUCUCAACAUUUCGCUCUAAGAAAUAAAGAUAUUGAAAGGUCAAUAUAGGUUAAGGGAGAUCAAACCUUCUUUGUUUCUAGCUUUCUCAACAUUUCGUUCUUAGAAAUAAAGCAAUUAAAAGGUCAAUAUAGGUUAAGGGAGAUCACACCUUCUUUGUUUCUAGCUUUCUCAACAUUUCGUUCUUAGAAAUAAAGUAAUUGAAAGGUCAAUAUUGGUUAAGGGAGAUCACACCUUCUUUGUUUCUUGCUUUCUCAACAUUUCGCUCUAAGAAAUAAAGCAAUGGAGAUGUCAAUAUAGGUUAACGGAGAUCAUACCUUCUUUGUUUCUAGCUUUCUCAACAUUUUGCUCUUAGAAAUAAAGCAAUUGAAAGGUCAAUUAGGUAAAGGGAGAUCAAACCUUCUUUGUUUCUAGCUUUCUCAACAUUUCGUUCUUAGAAAUAAAGCAAUUAAAAGGUCAAUAUAGGUUAAGGGAGAUCAAACCUUCUUUGUUUCUUGUUUCUCAAAAUUUCGCCAUAAGAAAUAAAGAAAUUGAAAGGUCAAAAUAGGUUAAGGGAGAUGACACAUUCUUUGUUUCUUGCUUUCUCAACAUUUCGUUCUUAGAAAUAAAGCAAUUAAAAGGUCAAUAUAGGUUAAGGGAGAUCAAACCUUCUUUGUUUCUUUUUUCUCAAAAUUUCGCCAUAAGAAAUAAAGAAAUUGAAAGGUCAAAAUAGGUUAAGGGAGAUGACACAUUCUUUGUUUUUAGGUUUCUCAACAUUUUGCUCUUAGAAAUAAAGCAAUUGAAAGGUCAAUUAGGUAAAGGGAGAUCAAACCUUCUUUGUUUCUAGCUUUCUCAACAUUUCGUUCUUAGAAAUAAAGCAAUUAAAAGGUCAAUAUAGGUUAAGGGAGAUCACACCUUCUUUGUUUUUUGCUUUCUCAACAUUUCGUUCUUAGAAAUAAAGCAAUUAAAAGGACAAUAUAGGUUAAGGGAGAUCAACCUUCUUUGUUUCUUGUUUCUUAAAAUUUUGCCAUAAGAAAUAAAGAAAUUGAAAGGUCAAAAUUGGUUAAGGGAGAUCACACCUUCUUUGUUUCUUGCUUUCUCAACAUUUCGCUCUAAGAAAUAAAGAUAUUGAAAGGUCAAUAUAGGUUAAGGGAGAUCAAACCUUCUUUGUUUCUAGUUUUCUCAACAUUUCGCUCUUAGAAAUAAAGCAAUUGAAAGGGCAAUAUAGGUAAAGGGAGAUCACACCUUCUUUGUUUCUAGCUUUUUCAACAUUUCGUUCUUAGAAAUAAAGCAAUUAAAAGGUCAAUAUUGGUUAAGGGAGAUCACACCUUCUUUGUUUCUUGCUUUCUCAACAUUUCGCUCUUAGAAAUAAAGAUAUUGAAAGGUCAAUAUAGGUUAAGGGCGAUCAAACCUUAUUUGUUUCUUGCUUUCUCAACAUUUCGCUCUAAGAAAUAAAGAAAUUGAAAGGUCAAUAUAGGUAAAAGGAGAUCAUACCUUCUUUGUUUCUAGCUUUUCUCAACAUUUCGUUCGGCUCAUUUAUCUGAACGUGUAAAAAAAUUGACGUGUUCAUUCAAUUCCUUCAAUACUUAUCACUGGCCCUCCCCUUUAAAGCUGCUUCUUCCCUAGUGCUAUUAGAGCAUGGAAUGGGUUGCCUGAGCUGGCCAGGAAAACCAGUGACUUAGCAGAAUUUAAGUAAUUGGUUAACAUCAUGACUGAAUGCAUGACGCGUUGGACGUAAUCAUCUUUUUUUUUUUUUUGAAGUAACGUCUGUAUUAUAUAAGAUAGGCUGUACGAAAAUCUCUGGGAAUAUAACCUUUUAAUACUUACUUUGUUCCUAGAGCAAUAGUUUCAAGAUUGAAAUUGCGGAGGUUACAUUUCUAAUAUCACAGAUAGUUGUACCACAAUCAGUUUUUUAUAAAGCCAACAUAUGAAUGAGUAAUAGCGAAACAUUUUACAUUUCACUAAAGCAGUUAUAAUUGUUGGUGCUUAGCUCGCCAAGGUAGACACUUCUUUAAAAAAAAAUACUCCGAUGGAUCUGUCCUGAAAAUGAAUAUUGUAUAUUUUGACCAGUUAAUGCUCCCCCUGUUUUUCAUUUCCAAUAUAACGGCCAAAACCUCCUUGAAAUGUUAAUGGUUAUAACAUGAUUUGAAAUGGGUUGACAUGUUUCGGACAUUAAUUUAAAACUGAGUUGGAAAUGUCUUUCUUGAAUUCACAACAUGUAUCUUAACAUUAAACUUGCCAGUUAAUGUCAUAGUUUUAUUUAGAAUUAUACAUUUUAAUGUCAUUUAGGUCAGUUUCUCCCAGUGAUUACUCAUGACUAGUAUAUCUGUCCUUAGUUACAUUUAGAUCUCAAAAGAUUUAGAAAAGCUACUGAGAAUCGGAUGUCCCCAUACUAUGUGACUUGCUAAAUUUUGGGGAAACAGCAUUUUUUGGUAUUCUGAAAAUAAAUCAUUUUAUUUUAAAUUAAUUAAUGCAAGCCACUUGUCUGUUUGAAAAAAUAAAAUUAAGAAAAGCUCGUGUAUGUAAGUGAAUUAGCAAUGUAUUUUUUAUGUGUCUUUCUUUCAUUUUUACAUUAAAUUUGUUUAAUAGUCAAAUUAUUUUUUAAUGUUAGUAAAAGUGUAUAAAUUAGGUAGUAAAAUUGUACAAAUGCGUAUAUAUAUAAUCCAUGUAAUUAAUGCUGUGCUAUAGAUAGCUUCUUUGAAGCAUUCCCAGCUUUUAUCUACAUUUGAUUCCGCUAUAGGGGUGGACUUGAGGCAGUUCUCUAUCGCAUCUGCAAGCGACUUUUCAGUUUUGUCAUCUGCUAAGCUGGCCGUGUUGAAUAUAUAUACAUGAUGUAAAAUGGUUUGUAAAUGUAUAAUAUGUCUAUGUACUGUUUGUAUAUACAUAUGGAUAAAUGUAAAGGAAUUUGUGUCAUCAUUUCUGAUUAAAUAUUUAUAAUUUUUAGCUAUGCGAAUUUUUAUCUUCUAUGCUUAUAUACAAGAGAGCCAUCAUACCUGAAGAAUUCAGCACUAAUAAUAUUAAAAAGUAUUGAAAACUAAUUAUUGUCCUAUUUUAUCAUGACCUGAUGUAGUUUAUGUAUAAUUUAUUAAAGUUUCAACUUUAGAUAGUAUUAUUAAAAAGUAUUGAAAACUAAUCAUUGUCUUAUUACACCAUGACAUGAUGUAGUAUAUAUAAUAGGCCUAUUCAUUAA